AUGUCAUACCCGCACCAACGAUCCGCUCGAGGCUCGUCCGACCUCAACACUCGAUACCAGCGCAUCUCGUCCCACCAGCAACAGCAGCAGCAGCAGCAGCAGCAGCAGCAGCAACAACAACAACAACAGCAGCAGCAGCGUCAAAGGCAACUGCCACAGCGAACAUAUUCAGCCACAACACCGACAUGGACUUCCCAGCCUGUACCCGAACCACCGCUGCUCCCACCGCUGGUAGAUCUGGCCAACUGGAUCGCUUCGCUGCCACCCAUCCAGGAAUGGCCGCAGCUGCUGGUGGAUCGUCUGCUGCUCGCGCCCGUCACGCAGCUUCUGCAGUACACACGCGAUAUCAUCCUGUCGCCAAAAACUCAUCGGAUCGUGGUGCGACUCGGUGUGCUAGCUACGAUCUUUUGGAUCGCUCUGGCGGCGGCUAUCGUUAGUUAUGUCGGGUUCUACCGUGCUUGGGUUCCGGAUGUAGGGUUGCGCAAAGAGAUAUGGCUGCAGUAUGGACAGGAUCGACCUCCUUAUGCGCACCUCGACUUCGGUCACGGUGCGCAGGGGUAUCGGUUGCGGGAACCAACGCCUUCUUCUUCGUCCUACAAUGCGGCGGAUCUCAAUGGAGAGUUUUUCGCCACAGAUCAGGCGUACGACGUAACGCUCGAGUUGUCGGUCCCUCUCAACCAGGCGAAUCUGGAUCUGGGCAACUUCAUGGUGGAUCUGGAGCUCAAGAGCAGAUCCAACGUCUCGGUCUUCCACGUCAGCAAACCGACGCUUCUCACCUACUCUACGGCGCCCGUGAGGGCGGCCGAUUCCAUCUCGCAGAUGAUCUCGAGGAAUCCUGCGUCGACGCAGUCUCCUUCGAACUCGCAGUUGCUGCGUAUCUCGUUGUUGAGGCGGGCGGUGUUGAGACCGUCGUCGUUCGCGCCCGGUCUGUCGUCGAUGGGGGUGGAUGGGCGAUCGGAUCGGAAAGUAACGCACGGGCAGGUGAGUGUCGGCCGUGCAGACGCGGACAAGUACUGGAUGUACGGUGGGAACCACAACACGCUAGCUGGGAUACAGGCUCUGCCGGGCAACGGCAGGAUGGUUCCACUGGCAGUGGGCAGUCACUCGAGCAGGGGAGAGCUGCAGACGUACGCCGCGAGCAUACGCUUCGAUGCGCAUCUGACCGGGUUGAGGUUCUUCAUGUACCACUUCCCCGUGCUGUCGUUCCUGCUGUUUACGGGGUUGUUCUUGGCGUGCGAGAUGGCGACGGCGUUGACGCUGUGGGCUGUAGCGGCGAUCUGGACGAGCGGGAUGAGUUUGGAGGCGGAUGUGCAUUAUCAGCAGGGGGAAGGCAAGUGGAGAGGAGGAGGGGAGCAGAGGAUGAGGAGCGAUGAUGGCGUGAAGCAGGAGGAUAGUGCGAGUGGAGAGGAGUACAGACGAAUGGAGGAGGAGGAAGAUGAGACCGAGACCGAGAGCGGGUAUGUGGGAAGGCGGGUGAAGGAGGAAGAGUUCAGCGACGAGGAGGAGAAGGCGAGGUUGAGAUCGAUGGAGAGUCUACGGGAGGCGGAUGCGGCUGACCUGCAGGAGGCGAUCCGACAGUCGAGGAUGAGGGAUCUGUUGGAGGCGAGGAGGAUGUCCGGUGUGGGUCCUAGCAGGGAACUCGCGGGGGGAGGAGGGGAAGCGUCGUUGAUGGAGUUUGUGGAUCCGACCGCGCCGAUCUCGCCCGAGGAGUUGUCCGAGAUCCAGCUGUCGAGGAGGGUGCUGGACAGGCUGGAUGAGGAGACGGAGGAGGAUACGGAUGUGGCGAGCUCGAGGCCAAGCUCGAGGAUGACGGCGAGGGCGAGGGAAGGAGGAGAGACGGAUGCGUGGGAGGAUCUGGAGGACGAAUCCACCUCCGGCGGAGAGGGAGUUGAGGAUAGAGGGGAGAGUAGGAGGGAGGGCAGCAAGGAGAGUAGUGAGGAUGAUGAUGCGGGAGACACGACGAUCGGUGGCUCGGCAACGUCUGGUGGACGGACGAUGAGGUCGUUUGGCGCGACGACGACUGCUGCUGGCUCGAGUUCCACACGCACGGACUAA